UGCCGGGACGCCUCCGCCGAGCAGCUCGGCUGCUUCUCGUAGUUCCUACAGCCAGAGCGGGAUUAUUUUGAUCAUCCAGUCGGAGUUCCCGCAGAACGCGGACCAGAGACCUUUCCGGCUGACGUCCGCGACACACAGCCGCAGGACCCGAUGGGGGGCGGAUACAUAACCACUCUUCUGCUGCUGCUCUGUAUUUCCGGCCUGAUCUACCUCCUUGUGCGCAGACCAAGGUCCCGAGGAAGCCACCUUCCCCCCGGCCCCACUCCCCUGCCUUUCCUGGGCAACGCACUACAGCUUAAAGCUGAGGGGAUGGUGAAUUCGCUCAGGGAGCUCCGGGACAAGUACGGCCCAGUCUUCACGGUUCAUCUGGGCCCCCGGCGGGUCGUGGUCCUGUGGGGGUACGAGGCCGUGAAGGAGGCCCUCGAGGAUCGAGCCGACGAGUUCAGCGGGAGAGGGAGGCUGGCGGCCUUCGAGGAAGUUGUCCAGGGGUUUGGGCUGCUCUUCGCCAACGGGGAGCGGUGGCGGCAGCUACGCCGGUUCUCCCUCGCUGCGCUGCAGGACUUCGGCCCGGGGCAGCGGAGCGUGGAGGAGCGGAUCCAGGAGGAGGCCCAGCGCCUGGUGGAGGAGUUCAGGAAAACCAAGGGUUCGCCCUUCGACCCCACCUUCUUCCUGAGCCGCUCGGCCUCCAGCGUCAUCUGCUCCAUCGUCUUCGGCCAGCGCUUCGAUUACGCGGACGAGAGCUUCCUCGACGUGCUGGCCAAGACUAACCAGGUCUUUGUGCGGCUGAGCUCCACCUGGGGACAGCUCUACGAGAUGUUUUCCUGGGUCAUGCGCUUCCUUCCGGGAGCCCACAAACAGAUCUUCCGAGACCUGGAGGACAUCAACAGCUUCAUCUUGGAGAGGAUCAAAGUGAACCAGGCAUCUCUGGACCGUGAGAACCCGCGGGAUUUCAUCGACUGCUUCCUCCUCCAGAUGGAAAAGGAAAUUCUGAACCCCGCCACGGAAUUCCACCUCAGGAACUUGGUCCUGACGGUGUUCAACCUGUUCUUCGUUGGCACCGAGCUCGUCAGCUCCACCCUGCGCUACGGACUCCUGGUCCUGCUGAAACACCCGGAGGUAGAAGAGAAGAUGACCCAGGAGAUCGACCGAGUGAUCGGGCGUAGCCGCAUGCCGGCGGUGGAGGACCGGAGCCGCAUGCCCUACACCGACGCCGUCAUUCAUGAGAUCCAGAGGUUCAGCGACGUUAUUCCCAUGAACCUCCCGCACGCCCUGACCCGGGACACCCACUUCAGGGGAUACGCCAUUCCCAAGGGCACGGAGGUGUUCCCGGUGCUGAGCUCUGUCCUGCGGGACCCCGGCCGCUUCAGGGACCCCGAGAGAUUCGACCCCGGGCGCUUCCUUGACGAGCAGGGUCGCCUCAAGGCGAACGAGGCCUUCAUGCCGUUCUCCACAGGGAAGCGAAGCUGCGUGGGCCAGGAGCUGGCCAGAAUGGAGCUGUUCAUCUUCCUGACCGCCAUCCUGCAGAACUUCACCCUAAAGUCCCCCGUGCCCCCGCGAGACAUCGACCUCACGCCGCGCGGUGGCGGCUUUGCCCACGUACCUCCCUGCUACCAGCUCUGCGCGGUGCCGCGCGGCGGAGGGAGCCACGCGGAGGAGGAGCCGCCCAAAGAUCGUCCGCAGGGGACAGCGGGGGCCUCGAAAGGGCCAAAGCCAGCAACGUAAAGACAGACUCGCCGCUUCUUGGACUUGAGUUGCCGGCCAAAAUGCAGGGCCUGGGGGGCUGUUCCCGUGGGGAGGAGCAGUGGGAGAGAGGAAUCCGGUCGUUCUUCGAUGCUCCGUUUAUUUGCAAAGUACCAAGCCCUGUCUCCCCGAACACAGGAGGAAUCAAACAACGGGGGCGGGGGGGGGGGGGAGGGAGGUUUCUUCGCUCAGGGUUACAGCUCUCCCCUUCCCCAGGGCGCCGCCCCGUUCCAGCCAGGGUCCCCCCCGUUCCGGCCCCAAGACUGGAGACGCUCUGUCCCCCUGCCACAGCCCCAGGCCACAGCGGGGAGUGAGAGCACCUCCAGUCCCAGGGCCGCAGCGGGGGGCCGGGUGCUGGGGCUUCCUCUGCCGGGGACAGGGCCGGGGGGCGCCGGGGGCUUCCCUCACUGCCGUGCCUGCCCGGCGCUGUCUCUGGGGACCAGGGUCGGGGCCUGGGGGCUUUCCCUGCUCAGCCAGGGCUCUGGCCCCCCAAAUGGCCGGGGCCCCUGGGCAGGGGCCCCAGAGGCCCAGUGGCUUAUCCGCCUUUGCUUCCCCCCAUCCACUAGGCCAGCAACCCUACCAAAGAAGCAAAUUAGACAGAGGUUAAUGGGGUUACAACCACUCUGACCCUCAACCCAGCUCAUUUUGCUUAGCACCCAGCAGGCCUCUGAUCGAUAUCAAACCUUCCCUCUCUUCCACACGCCCCAGCCUGCGACUCCGCGGGGGAGAGAAUU